GCCAGUGCCCAGAAUAUGCUCAUCGCAAUUUCUGCAACCAUGGUCAUGUUUUGGCAAUGCUGUCCAAUGCCUCCUCACCAACAUCAAAGCACCAACCUAACGACGACCAAAGCCAAUUGGACGACAGUUACCGCGGUAGUGGACGGAGCAAGGACAAUUGCUCAAACAUUGCGGAUCACUAUCCUGUUCAACCCGUUGAUCAAGAGUUCGUCAAGAUUCAAAAAAGGUUUCGCCAAAUUGAAGGAGCGUUCUCAUCAAGUGACAUCAAAGAUGAUGAGAAGCUCAUGAUUGUCAAUUCUUUGCUCCAUGUCCCAAUCAAUGACGUAGAAAUCCCCCUGCGAUUUUCCAACAAUGCAAAUAGCUUUUUAUAAACUCGAUCGAAAGUGCUCCCAUUCCCUUUGUCUUUGUUUUCUCGAAAAAAAAACAAAUCCUCGUAAUUGAGCACUUUUGUUUAAAAAUGUCUUGUUUUGUCGUUUUAGAAAAGCAAUGUUUGAUGUGUGAACGCGAAGUGUCAAAUGUAUAUUUUUCAGUAUA